AUGCGCGCCAAUUCGUUGAUGCCGAGCCUUGUCUCAGGGCUGGCCGUUUGUGCCGCAGCUGCUCCUGAGAAGGGGAAGGACGACUUUGCUGCCAAGUGCGCCGGCUUCAAAACUUCACUAAAACUUCCCAACACCAAGGUCUGGUUCACCGAACAUGUGGCCGCCGGUGGAAACAUCACCUUUCCCGACAACCACCCAACAUGUAACCCCAAGAGCCAGGUCGUCGAUGUUGAGAUCUGCCGUGUAGCCAUGCACGUCACAACAGGUCCCACUUCCAACUUGACCCUUGAAGCUUGGCUACCUUCAAACUGGACCGGAAGAUUCUUGAGCACCGGAAACGGUGGUAUGGCUGGAUGCAUUCAGUAUGGAGAUGUCGCAUACGGUGCUGGAUUCGGAUUCGCUACCGUUGGCGCAAACAAUGGUCACAACGGAACAUCAGCCGCGCCCAUGGAGGGUAACUCUGGCGUCGUGGAGGACUACGUCUAUCGCUCGGUCCACACAGGUACCGUUCUUGGAAAGGACAUCGCCAAGCAGUUCUACGGCAAGAAGCACAAGAAGUCUUAUUACCUUGGCUGCUCAACUGGUGGACGACAGGGAUGGAAGGAGGCGCAAAGCUUCCCUGAUGACUUUGACGGUAUCGUGGCUGGUGCUCCUGCGAUGCGCUUCAACGGGCUUCAGUCCCGCUCCGGAAGCUUCUGGGGUAUCACUGGUCCUCCCGGAGCCCCGACUCAUCUCAGCCCAGAGGAGUGGACUAUGGUUCAUAAGAGUGUUCUUGUCCAAUGCGAUGAGCCUCUUGACGGCGUCAACGAUGGUAUUCUCGAGGACCCCAACUUGUGUCAAUACCGCCCCGAAGUUCUCGUCUGUACCAAGGGUCAGACUAAGAACUGCCUGACUGCCCCUAAGAUUGAGACUGUCCGAAAGGUCUUCUCGCCUCUUUACGGCAACAACGGAACCUACAUCUACCCCCGAAUCCCCCCUGGUGCUGAUCAAGGCUUUGGCUUUGCCAUUGGAGAGAUGCCUUUCCCUUACUCCACCGAAUGGUUCCAGUAUGUUAUCUGGAACGACACCAACUGGAAACCAGAACAAAUCGGACCCAACGACUACGAGAAGGCCUCUGAGGUGAACCCCUUCAACGUCGAGACCUGGGAGGGUGACUUGUCCAAGUUCCGCGCCCGAGGCUCCAAGAUCAUCCACUGGCACGGUCUCCAGGACGGUCUCAUCAGCUCCGACAACUCUAUGGAGUACUACGACCAUGUGUCUCGCACUAUGGGCCUGAACAGUACCGAGCUUGACAAGUUUUACCGCUACUUCCGUGUCAGUGGUUGCGGUCACUGCUCUGGCGGCGAUGGCGCUGCUCGCAUCGGAAACAACCUUGCCAACCUGGGCGGAAAGGACGCGAAGAACAACGUCCUCCUGGCUCUUAUCAAGUGGGUUGAAGAAGGUGUCGCUCCUGAUACUAUCACUGGCCAGCGCUUUGCUAAGGGGGCUCCCGACGGCAAACUCGAGUACGAGCGCAGACACUGUCGCUACCCGUACCGCAAUGUCUGGGACCGUAAGGGAGACCCUAAGAACCCCGACAGCUGGAAGUGUCAGUGA